UAAAUCUCAAUAUUCCUAUGAAUAAUAUGGCCGUUGGCUGACCACGGGACAAUUUAUUCGAAAAGAGCCAUUGCUAUUAAAUUAACUCUAUUUAUUUUUAUUGAUUUAACUGCAUAAAAGGCGAAUUUUCGAAGUCUCAGAGCCCUGCUCCGCAUUUUCACCCAAGUCUGACUCAUUAGGAUUAAUACAAAAAUUGAACAGUCUAUACAGCUUCCCUACAAAUUUGAGGGGAAACAAGUUGAUGUUGAAUAAUGUAUGAGUAACGUUUGCUAGUAGACGGCAAGAUUAUGGCCUCUAUGCCUAAUGGCGGCUUACGAUUGAGCCGUUCCUCAGAUCAACUAUCCAGUCCAUCGCCGAUUGAAGAUAAGGAUAUUGAGAGUACUUUUUCAAGAACAAAAUCUAGCAGUGAAACACAUAUUUGCCAUAAGGAACCAUCGUCUUUAACAGUAAACCUCGAAGAGGUCCACAUUGGUUUGGAACAAACAGUCACUGUAUCAUUUGAUAUCAGAGAGGAAGUUGCCAGUACCGAUUGGAUAGGAUUGUUUUUAAUAGAUGAACCCGAUCUAAGCGGACACAUCGAUCAUAAGACGAGAGGGGGACACAGUAGGCAGGAUAGGUCAGGUCAAGUGUUUUGGUGUUUGGAUUCUUUAAAAUCACAUUUUAUAGAAUCCGUUACUAAAGUGUGUUUCAAGUAUUUCAACGGUGUAACGGGUGCCUUACAAGCGGUCAGUCAAGUGCUUAUUGUCCAUAAUAACAAGGCUGAAAAUUAUCCUGGUAACAAUGAACAGUCGACAGCUGCCGACCCUUUAAACCAUGCUUCAUCCCCUUUAAUUGAUUCACAGAAUUUUGUCAAAUUUACAGUAUAUGAAGAAAUUAAUGGUUCGAUUAUAAAUGCUCAGGGUCAACUUGUUUUAAACUCGACAGAUUUAGCGGCUAAGAAUUUGAAGAAGGGUGUGUUUUUUAAUCCGGAUCCGUACGUGAAAAUGUCCAUACAGCCUGGAAAACGUUCGUCUUUUCCCCUCCUCCAGCAUCAUGGGCAAAAAGUAAAGACGAGGUGCGCCAACAAUACGCAGAAUCCGUCCUGGUCGAACGAGGAAUUCACCUUCGAAGCCUUAUCGACGGACGUUUUGGAAUUUGAGCUUAAAGAUAAAUUUGCCAAGAGACGCCCGAGCCUCAAUAGAUUCUUAGGAAAAUUGACAGUACCAAUCCAAAAGAUUCUUGACAAGUGCUCCACCCCGACCGCCAAUUCCACUGGCGUCCGCGGAAAAUCAGCAGCCAUGUCUAUGACUUUGAAUUUAAUGAGGCGGAAUCCCUCUGAUUUGGUCAGCGGCCUAUUAACUUUCAACGUUCAAGUUGAAGAGCCCGCAAAUACACCCCCCAAAACAAGGCAAAGCUUUCAUCACCCUAAGAGGAAAAAACCCGUUCCUCCCCCUCUUCCGCCUCGUCGUCAACCACCCCCACUUCCGGUUAGGUCUAGUAAACGGACAACUAGUUACGAUUCGAUGGAAGCUUUCAAUGGCUCCCAAGAGGAUGUUUCUGCUCCGUCCUAUGAGAAUCCACCGACUGCUUUAAAAGAGGUUGCCGCUGCGGCGCCGAAUUCGCUGGACGAUAGCGGCGUCGUGGCAUCUGAAGAGAAUGGUAGCCCCCAUUCUUUCGGUAGCAAUUGUCCAUUAUGCACAAAUGGUCAUAAUACCCAAGCCGGUACAUCGUCAAAUCCUGUACCUUUCAGUCGAGCUCAGAUCCUUCAAAGUGCUCAACAAGUCCAAGAAAGAGGUGCAACUGCAGCCUCAACCGUCCAAAAUAACAACAAUAACAACAAUGCAAACAAUAAUAAUGAAACUGACUCGGCUCUCGAUACGUCCACAGACGCAGUUGACGGUGGUCCAUCGCCAAGACGUCUCUCUACUGAUUCGACUGGCACAGUUCGCUCUGUUGAUGAUUCUAAACAAGUGAUUCGCGAAAAACUAAACGAGUGGAUGGAGAAGAAGGUUAACAAGCAGUCUCCCAAUCCGCCAUCUCCUAGACCUGCCCCACCAUUACCACCUCGUGAUUCUAUUAGGAGAUCAAAGCCUCCAACUUUGCCCAGUGGCGAUAAUUCUACCGAAACACCACCGCAUUUACCUCCACGUUCCGUGGGAGUUUGGGAGAGGAGAUCGUCGACGCCAAACAUUCAGGAAGCACCGCCAGAACAACAGCCUGCUCGCGUUGAACAGCCUGCAGAAUUGAACUUGCCACAAGGUUGGGAAGCUCGGGUUGAUAUACACGGUCGAGUAUUUUAUAUAGAUCAUAAUACUCGCUCAACAACCUGGAGAGCUCCAGCUACAACACCAAACAACCAAACAGAAGUAUCUAGUCGUAUUCAAAGACGCCCAACGAUCAGUAAUGAGCAGAGGGAAGAAUUGGACAAACGUUACCAAAGUAUUAGAAGAACCGUUGGUAUGCAGGAAAAUGGUAGUGCUGGGGAAGUGAGCGGUGCUACCAGUUCGUCACCAUCUCCAGUCGCGACAACGUCAGUUGAGGAAACGAGGCCGGAAGUAGAAGCUACUCCCAAACAGCCACCGCUGCCUCCUCGAACCGUUGGGAAAAGAAUAUCGCCUACUGUUCGAUUUCUCACUCGUCCUGAUUUUUUCCAGAUCAUGCAGAACAACCAAGUUGCCCAAUCAGAGUUCAAUAAAAACUCUACGUUGAAACAUAUGAUACAGAAAAUUCGAAGAGAUUCAAACAACUUUGAAAAAUAUCAGCACAAUAGAGAUUUUGUCACGUUCAUAAAUCAUUUUGCGGAUCCUUCUAAGCCUCUACCAUCAAAAUGGGAGCUAAAACACAAUCGAAAUAACAAACCUUUCUACAUCGAUCAUACGACACGGUCGACGACUUUCAUCGAUCCAAGACUGCCUACUGAAACGCCGUCUAGUCUUUUGUCCGGUGUAUUGGGUCGGGGAGUUGAAAGUGGAUUGGCGCCGGCACCCAGGUCCCGACUGUACAACGUUCCUGUGGAGGAAACUUACAAUGAUAAGGUUGUCUCAUUUCUCCGCCAGCCUAACAUCUUUAAUUUGAUACAUGAGAAACAACCAGCUUUCGCGAACAAAAGUAACGUGCGAAACAAGAUCAAUGUGAUUAGAUCUGAUGGUGUAGAGGCCCUGGAGCGUCUAAGUAACGACAUAGAACUAAUAAUGGUUUUAAGCUUGUUUGAUCAAGAUAUAAUGUCUUAUCAGCCGGGAACACCCAUCAGAAAUGUCAACUCAGAUUCUCCUCAAGGCUCACCGCAUGCAUCUCCUGGACUUCAAAGACAUACAGGGCGUGUCCCAGCUCCAUUUAAACGGGACUUUCAGUCAAAAUUGCGAAGUUUUCACAAAAAAUUAGAACAGAAGGGUUAUGGUUUAGGUCCUCAUAAGCUGAAAUUGACUGUUAGAAGGGACCAUAUUUUGGAAGAUUCAUUCUCAAAGAUUAUGAAUAUUCAAAAGAGAGAUUUACAAAAAUCAAAAUUUUAUGUAACUUUUCAAGGAGAAGAAGGUUUGGACUAUGGCGGCCCUUCUCGAGAAUUCUUUUAUUUAUUAUCGAGGGAAUUAUUUAACCCUUACUAUGGUCUCUUUGAAUAUUCGGCGAACGAUACCUAUACAGUUCAAAUUAGUCCAGUUUCAAAUUUUGUUGAAAAUGCCAAUGAAUGGUUUCGAUUUGCUGGAAGAGUAAUUGGUUUGGCACUAGUUCAUCAGUAUCUUAUCGAUGCAUUUUUCACACGACCCUUUUAUAAAUCGCUUUUAAGAAUUGCUCCAAGCCUUGACGAUCUUGAAUCUAUGGAUGCAGAGUUUCACCAGUCAUUAGUCUGGAUAAAGGAUAAUGAUAUAACAGACUGCGGACUGGACUUAGUAUUUGCAGUAGACGAAGAGAUUUUUGGUCAAGUAACUGAACGGGAAUUAAUAAAAAAUGGUAAAAAUAUACCUGUGACAGAGAAAAACAAGAAGGACUACAUUGACAAAUUAGCAAGAUGGCGUUGCGAGAGGGGAGUCUGUGAGCAGACUGAUUAUAUGAUUCGAGGUGUAUAUGAAGUAAUCGAGCCAAAGCUGCUUACAUAUUUUGAUGCAAGAGAGCUAGAAUUGGUUAUGGUUGGAACAGCGGAAAUAGAUGUUAAUGAAUGGAGAAGAAAUUCAGAAUAUAGAUCAGGCUAUCACGACAGCCAUCAAAUAAUUGAGUGGUUUUGGACGGCCGUCGAAAAAUACAAUAACGAAAGACGGCUAAGAUUAUUACAAUUCGUGACUGGAACAAGCUCCAUCCCGUACGAAGGUUUUGCCGCGUUAAGGGGAAGCAAUGGACCGAGAAAAUUUUGCAUAGAAAAAUGGGGCAAAAUUACCAGCUUGCCUAGAGCACAUACUUGCUUUAAUAGAUUGGACUUGCCCCCUUAUACUUCUUUUGAAAUGUUAUUCGAAAAACUAACUGUUGCCGUUGAAGAAACUAGUACAUUCAGUAUCGAAUAA